GUACACCCUCCUAUGCCAUCCCUUUGUUUUGUCUUAUGUGCCCUCUUUCUCUCUAUAAAUAAGCCUCAAUGUCCUAUCCUCACACUCCCCUAACUACAUUAAACUCUUAUUUUCCCAUUCUCUCUGCUCAAUUUUAUCACGACACAACGCAUGGAACCUCCCUCGUCUUCCAGAUUCAAUUAUCACGAGAAUUAUGAUGAGUUGAGGCAAAAGCUUUUGGUAAUGACAGGGGAACUGGAGACAAUGAAGAACGUUCAGAGGGAACUGCUGAAUCUGCUGGAUAUGGCUUAUAAAGAGAGAGAUGAAGCGAAAGAAAAGCUUGAAAAACUAAAAAAUUUCACAGCCCAAAAUAUCGUUACUAAUUCAACGGUGAUUCCUCAACCAACGAAAGCAAACUCGAGCAUCACGGAAUCCAACAGCCCCUCGCAUGAUUCCCUUCUGGAGGCAGUUUCUCCGGUGGAAUUCCCCAACGUUGUGGACUCCCAAAACAGGUGUUACCUAAACCAGAACAAUAACCCUUUGGUUCAUCGCGCACGUGUUCAGAAUCCCACGUGCGAUUUUGGGACCCAAGUGAUCGAAUGCAUUGCCAGGGGAAAAGUCUUGCCGCGCCAGGGUGAGCUUCUCAAGACCGUCAUGGACGCCGGCCCAUUGCUAAAGACACUCCUCGUGGCGGGCCCACUUCCCACGUGGCGAAACCCCCCUCCGGCCCAGGCCAUUAGCAUUCCUCCCCUCAAAGUUCAAAACUUUGGGUCUUCCAAUAAUUUUAAUCCGCUUCAGAGUGUUGCUGUUGCCAACAAUGCAUUGCAGCCGAUUCAAAAUGCUACUUGCAAGAACCUUGCUCCAUCGAGGUUUCAACAAAGCCAUCAGUACUUUUUAUCUAAUUAAUCAAUUCCAAUGUAAAUGGAGUUAGAAUUAUUAUUGUUAGUGUAAAUGGCAUACGUGGUGGCUUUGAUUCAAUUAUCAUGCUCACAUUUUUUUAUUUAUCAAACUUAAUUAGUUGCAAGUUUUGAUUCAGGUUACCCAUUCCCCUUUGAUUUUUUUCUUAUAAUUUUUUACAGACAUAAGAAUCCUGUUGUUUCGUUCCUCGUGUUUCAACAAACCAAACGUUCAGUUCUAGUCAAAGAAGUGGCAAUAAUGAAGUGAUUAAUCGUAUAAUAUCAUUUGAGAA